AAGAAGAGUGGAAGAAGGAGAAGUAGAAUAGAAUAAUACAUAAAGGAAUGAACGGAGCACUGGUUCAUCUAUUAUCUGCGACGUCCCCUACAUUCCUCUCAUUCAAUCGAUUCUCUUGCUUUCACUAUUCACUAUCUCUUCCCAAAAGUGAUUUCUUUAUAGCAAAUUCUAGAAGACUUAUCUCCAAGUCGAAGAUAGCAUCAGUUGCAACCAUGUCUGAAUUAAACAAGGCGCCACUGGAUGAAGAGAAUCCUGGGAAUGUGAAGCAACAGGUAUCGAAACUAUUUGAAGCAUCACUUAAAGCAACAGUUCCUAAUGAGCUAGAGAUAGACAUAGAACCACUGGUUGCGGCCUGCACUGCUAAAUUUGGCGAUUAUCAAUGUAAUAAUGCUAUGGGCCUAUGGUCAAAGAUAAAAGGCAAGAAGACUGAGUUCAAGGGUCCUCCCUCGAUUGGACAGGCCCUCAUGAAAAAUCUUCCUAAAUGUGAUAUGGUGGAAUCUUGCUCUGUUGCAGGACCUGGAUUUGUGAACGUUGUUUUGUCAAACAAAUGGAUAGCCCAGAGCAUACAAAAUAUGCUUACAGAGGGUAUUGACACAUGGGCACCAAGAUUGCAGAUCAGUAGGGCAGUUAUUGACUUUUCUUCACCCAACAUUGCAAAGGAAAUGCAUGUAGGCCACUUAAGAUCUACUAUUAUUGGUGAAACUCUAUCUCGCAUGCUGGAAUUUUCAAAGGUUGAAGUUCUUCGGCGAAACCAUGUUGGUGAUUGGGGUACACAGUUUGGUAUGCUGAUUGAGCACCUUUUUGAGACAUCCCCAAAUUGGGAGGAUGAAAAAGAAAAAGCUGUUGGAGAUCUACAGGCUUUCUACAAGGAAUCAAAAAAAAGGUUUGAUGCUGAUCCUGCCUUCAAGGAGAGGGCACAACACGCUGUGGUUCGCCUUCAGAGUGGAGAAUCCAGGUAUCGCACGGCAUGGGCACAGAUCUGUGAGAUAAGCCGCAGGGAAUUUGAUCAGGUCUAUAAACGCCUUGGAGUUCAUCUGGAGGAAAAGGGGGAAAGCUUUUAUAAUCCAUAUAUUCCUGGAGUUCUGAAUUUAUUGGCCGAGAAAGAUUUGAUUAAGGAUAGUGAGGGUGCUCGUGUGAUCUUCAUUGAUGGGAAGGAUAUACCUCUUAUUGUUGUGAAGAGUGAUGGUGGUUACAACUAUGCUUCAACCGAUCUAACUGCUCUUUGGUAUCGUCUUAAUGAGGAGAAAGCUAAGUGGGUAAUAUAUGUCACUGAUGUUGGUCAGCAGCAGCACUUUGAAAUGGUAUUCAGUGCUGCCAGAAUGGCCUCUUGGCUUCCAUCUGAUGUUAGUUUGUAUCCCAAAGUCAACCAUGUGGGAUUUGGUCUUGUUCUUGGAGAUGAUGGAAAGCGCUUUAGGACCCGCAGUAGUGAAGUGGUUCGAUUGGUUGAUUUACUAGAUGAAGCCAAAAAUCGCAGCAUAGCAGCACUUACUGAGCGUGGUAAAGCGGCAGAGUGGACAAAGGAGAAGCUUGAAGAAACUGCUGAAAAUAUUGGUUAUGGGGCUGUAAGGUAUGCUGACCUGAAAAACAACAGGCUGACCAAUUAUACAUUUAGUUUUGCUCAGAUGCUUAAUGAUAAGGGAAAUACUGCAGUCUACCUUAUGUAUGCAUAUGCUCGAAUAUGUUCAAUCAUCAGGAAAUCGGGUAAAGACAUAGAAGAUCUGAAGAAAACAGGAGCCCUUUCGCUGGAUCAUGCAGACGAGCGUGUGUUGGGCCUUCAUCUGCUCCAAUUUGCAGAGACUGUUGAGGAGGCUUGCACCAAUCUCCUGCCAAAUGUGUUGUGCGAGUACCUUUAUAACUUGUCAGAGAACUUCACAAAGUUUUAUUCCAAUUGUCAGGUUGUUGGAUCAGCUGAGGAAACAAGCAGAUUAUUGUUAUGUGAGGCAACAGCCAUCGUCAUGGGAAAAUGCUUCUUUCUACUUGGAAUUAAGCCCGUCGAUCAGAUUUGAUCAAAUUUACUAUUUAAUAUUCUAACCCAUCAAUUAACGUCAUAUAUUCAAGGUCAAUUUGAAUUGUGGAAUAUAUGUACAUAAAACUGAUUCUUGAUUUUUGAUUGGGACUGUUGAGGUUAUUCAUGUCAUAAAAUUUUGGUCUUAAAGUAAUCAAUUACUUUUUUGGAUUCAAAAUUUCAUAGAUUUUCAAUUUGUUACUGCAAAUCAAUGAGAACAGUUACUGUUAUUGAGGAUUAAA